AUCAAUAUCACACCUCAGUAAUUUGUAUAUAUCAAUACAUAUCAUUGUGAAAAAUAGGAGUAAUGAGAGUGCUUGCAUACUUUCUGAUAAUCCUCUUAUUAAUAUCUACUAUACUUAUUAAUGAUUUACCUUUACUCCCAAAGAGAAUGUUGAAAAUUUAAAGAUUCUAAUCAAGCGAAGUACGAUCAACAUCCUCAAUACUUUUAUUCUAGGAUCAACUUACACGUCAAUAAGAUACAAUAUUUAUUCAAUUAUAGAAUACACUAAUGCUAGAAUAUCAACUAGAUUAAAAGGUUCUUUAUUAGUUACAAAAUUACUUUUAAAAAAUUCAAUCAAAGAUUCAUCAAAAGCAUUAUAAGUUGCUGCUCUAAAAGCGUAUUCCACUAUAAAAUAGCUACUUACUCCUGAAUUUGCAGCUACCCAAAUGUCUAUUAUUCCUAAUUCCUUUUAAGUUUCUAAAAUAAGUAAUAUAAUAUCAAGUGAGAUUAUAAAGAUAGAUAAAAUUGAUAAGAAAAACGCCUACAAUAUUCAUUAUCGUACUAACUUAUUGCAUUCGUAAUCAUUCAGAAUCAGGUAAAUUUUUUAUUAAAUUUACUUUUUCUUCUCUGUUGAAUACUCUCCUGAAACUGUUUGGCCUAUUUAAGCGAUUGAUUUCCUCGAUUUCAUUGAUUUACUUGAUUAAUCAUCCGAGGGCUGAUUCAUUAUUUUCUAUUUUCCUUCAAAAUAAUAUUAAUUAUAAAUUGUUGCUGUAUAAGAAUUAUUUUUACAAGGUUUUCAAAUUAUGA